UAAUUACCUACAAUAAGCACUAGUGUUCUCUGGUAAACAGAAACCAGCCAUACACAAUAAAUAAGACAAUCGGAGAAGAGCACGAGUACUCUGACUCUGGGCGGAGAUGAUCAACUUCUUGUAUUCUGCUGUUGCACAAUUUACUGUCUGUCAGGUGACUGAGUGGAAUACAUACGGAGUAUUUCAUAUUUUAGACUACUGAAACGUUUGUUUUACUAGAGCGAAGAAUGUUAGUCUCAUUUAGUAACAGCCUACGAGUAAUCGACAGAACUUGGAUUUGUUAAGAUAUUAAUUGUUCAUAAGAGGCUUACUCUAGAGCUCAGGGUAGUUUCACUUUCAGCAUUAAAUCAAUGAGAUUCUACGGAAGUGUGGGAAUAAUGCGUGUGACCUUGUCAGGCCUUAACUAGGGGGCCCCAUAAUUAGGAACCUUUUAAAGUGAUGGCUGUUGGACCCUGUAGCACAGAGAUUCAACAGCGUCGUGUGGAGCUGGUGGAGAACUGCAGCGAACACCUGACAUGCCUUCUGGACGUGCUGUUUAAUGUGGGGGCAGUGACCGAGGAGGACCUCAGUCUUAUUAGAGGUUCGGCUGUUCGAGGUGAGAGAGAAUGUAUGAGAAUUCUGCUGGAUGUGCUAAAUGGGAGAGGAGAAGAAUCAUGCAGGGCUUUCCUCUACAUACUACCAAGUGUUCAAGAUAAGACCACCAAACUAGGACAGGCCAACAGGCAAGAGCAUCUCAAAAAACACAAGGACAUCUUGGCUAGACAGCAUGGCCUGGUGGACUAUCUCAGCAUCAGAAGACAGACUUUAGGACAGGAUGAGAGCGGGUGCUGGACUGAUAUCACUUUUUCAAGACAAGCUGGUUAUGCAUCGUCUUCUCAAUGCCGACAUGAGUCAGCAGGAGUUGGGGAUGCUUUCAGGACACGAGCGGAUGAGAUCUGCAUUUUCAAGGACGUGUAUGAGAAUCUGCUGUGCAACCCAGUGAGCGGUGUGAAUAUGCUGUCAGGAGUCGCAGGAAGUGGGAAAACCACGGUUGUGAGACGCCUGGUGCGAGAGUGGGCUGCAGAAACCAACUCGUCCAAGAUUGUCCUAUCUCUGUCCUUUCGUGAGUUGAACCUCAUAACUCAACAGCAAAGCUUGCAGGACCUGCUCUUGGAUCACUACAUCCACCUGAAACCUUUCCUGCCCGAGUUACUGAACUCAAACCCAACACAGUUUUUACUCAUCUUAGAUGGUCUGGAUGAGUUCUGCUACCCUCUUAAUUUCGAACACACUCCCAAGUGUUCAGAUCCUGAGCGGGUGCAGCCAAUACAAUCCAUUGUGGUGAACUUAAUCAAGGGAAAUCUGCUUCCAGGAGUGUCCAUUUUCCUUACUUCGCGACCUCAUGCGGUCUCCAAAGUUCCUCCAGUUCUGGUCAGCCAGUUUUACAGUCUGCUCGGUUUCUCUGUAGCUCAACAGAAGCAGUACUUUGAGCAGAACUGCAGCUCUCUUGAGGCUGCUGAGGCAGUGUGGGCUUCAGUGUCAUCUCAUAAACCCCUUCUACUCAUGUGCCACAUUCCCGCAUUCUGUUGGAUCGUGUCCACUGCCUUGCAUGAUGGAGGCUCCUUCCUUUGUCCUGAUACUGUAAGUGCCAAUUCAGGAGAAAAAGGAGGCCUUGAGGAAGCCAACCAACCAAACUCUUUAUUAGGACCUUCUGAGGAGAACUCCAAACCAGUCACGAUCUCGGAAAUCUACUGCUGCUUUGUUAAAUCCAUCUUGCUAUUCCACGUGCAAGGGCGUAGCGAGGGCUCCCAUCACACCAGGCUUCAGCACGCCCCUCACGUCCUUGGCGAAAUACAGCCUAUACUCAAAAGCCUGGGAGCUAUGGCCUUCAAAGGCCUCCUGGAGAGACGGUUCAUCUUUGAAAGCUCUGAUUUGAACUCUUUUAAUCUGGAUAGCACCAAACUCUCACAGGUGUUCCUCUCGGAGAUACUUAAAGAGGAUCGAACGUCCCUUACCUUUGAAAAGGGCUUUCAUUUUAUCCACACCAGCGUGCAGGAGUUUCUGGCUGCCCUGUACUAUGUUCUCCAGUCACUCUCAAGAUCAGAUCCAUUUUCAGGCCUCAAACCAAGCACAGGCCGCUAUAUCCAGUAUGCAUUUAAGCAAAUGGCAUCAGCCGUUAACAAAUUCAGCAGACCACAGUGUCUCUUCCGCAGACGUAUUAAGAAGGCCCUUCGCUGUGGUGAACGACAUCAGUCUGGACACAUGGAUCUUUUCUCCAGGUUUGUAUGCGGCCUGCUGGUUCCCAGAACACGUCUCAUCCUAAAUGGAUUUUUCCCUGAUGGGCCCAAGAUGCAUCUGCUCCGUUGCCCACCCUCUCCAGACCCAACUCCACCUUUCCUUCUCCAUCUGCUACACUCUCAACUCCAGAGCUCCACCCUCAGCCCGGAGAGGCAGGUCAAUGUUUGUCACUGUCUAUAUGAGGCCCAAGACCCUGGUUUGUCACAGCGGCUACAGAAUUGGAUGAAAAUUCUUUCACAGCAGGCCUUAGUUCAGUCCGGUUCAGUAAACAGGGAAUGGAGCGAGCUGGCUUUCCUGUUACAUCUCAGUCCAGACCUGCAGGCUUUAAAUUUAGAUGCUCAAGGACUCGAUGCUGAAGGACUACGCCGGCUCCUACCAGUCCUUCCUCUCUUCUCAACGCUCAGCCUGGGCCAGAAUCCUCUUGGCUCAGAGGGAGCAUCUGUGUUAUCCCUUGUUCUGAGAAACCCAGAUUGUCGCAUUCAGAGGCUGUGGGUGGUUGCGACAGAACUUGGCUGUGAAGGCCUGAAGAUCCUUGUAGAAGCGCUGAAAGAAAAUCAUACUGUGACUGAUCUCAGAAUGGCCAUCAAUAAAAUUGGAGAUGUUGGAGCUGGUUACCUUGCAGAAUUGUUGAGGACGAAUCGCACAUUGACGGAUAUCAGACUUCGUGACAACCUAGUGACAGACAAAGGAGCAGAAGUCCUCAUGGCUGCCCUGAAAGAGAACACUACAUUAGAGUAUCUGUGGUUGUUUGACAACAAGUUUACCAAACAUGGCGUCAAGAAACUCAAAGAAUUUGCAAAGACCAAACCAAACCUUGACAUUAAAGCUUGCAUCUGACCCACAACCAGCAAACCAUUGGAGUAGCAACUGGUUCAUGACAAAACAUUUUCAUUCACACAUUUUAUUCAUACUUUAUUUUACAUAUUGGUACAUCACUUUUUGAUAUAUUACUUUUAAUACAUAUUAGAUUGUUAAAUGAAUAGUUCACCCAAAAAUGAAAAAUUGCUGAAAAUGUACUACUAAAUUUAGCAUUACAUCAUUUGCUCACCAACAGAUCCUAUGCAGUGAAUGGGUGCCAUCAGAAUGAGAGCCCAGCUGAUAAAAACAUCACAAUAAUCCACAAGCAAACCAAACAAUUCCAAUCCAUUAUUCCAAUUAACAUCUUCUGAAGCAAAAAGCAGCAUGCUUGUAAGAAACAAACCCAUCAUUCUGGCGUUUUCUCACUAUAAACAAUUAUUCCUUUAACUGCUCAGCCUACUACUACCCUCAGCUGGACGUUUAAGGAGCUGUUAUUUCUAUGCCAUAUUUGUACAUUAAUAAGCAGCAAUAUUUUCAGAACUAUUUAAGGAUUUAUUAACACUUUUUUUUUAUUUUUCAAAAAACACUGAAUUGCAUUUAUUUAUUUAUUUUGUACAUUAACUUUUUUAUUAUCAAAUCUUUUACAGAUUUUAACUAACACCCACAAAAUCAGAUUUAAUUAUAAGUGUAUGAUAGAUUUUGAGGGACCUAAAAUGCCUUCUCAACACACACAUCUGUUCUUCUCGUACUUCUUUAUAAAUUGUCUUCUUUCUCUUUUCUGCUAUAGUGUCUCAGACCAGUUUGACAAUGAUUAUGCCACAGUCACUGGUUUAUUGCCCAUUUUUGUGGGUGCUUUUACAUGCAGAGCUCAAGGCUUCUCUUAGAUGCUUCAUAAAAAGAAGUAAAAAUGUAAGUGUAAAAUACACAAUUCCAGAGUAUUCUUUGGUUAGUAAAUGCAUUUAUUUUAAAGAUACUAUGUGAAACCGUUACUAAACUCACAGUAUGUAUGUUAGAAGCACUUUUGAUCUUACAUACUGGUUGAGAUGAGAUCUCUAAAACCCAACUAGAUAGAUAGAUAGAAUGGGCUUGACUACUUUUUGUGAAAAACUUCUGAACAUGGUUUUCAUUCAUUACUGUGUUAUCCAUGUCAGAUCAUUUCUUUUUGAAACAUUGCAUGCCUGUCUUCUUUCUGAAAGUUGCAUAAUAUAGGUUCACGCAUUGUUAUAUUUGCUAACUGUCAUAACAUCUUGAAAUAUGAAUUGUUAUAACAAGUAUGAUUGCUUAGCAAUGCUUGCAAUGCAAAGCACAAGUGUUAUGCAAUCAUUAUAACAAGAUGUACAAGUAGAUGUUCAAUAAACAUUAUAUGGAUUCUCCAGAUUCCAGUU